GUAGCCGCCUUCAUCCGUCAGGCCCACCAUUCGUACUUCCCACCCAAUAGCCAAUUGACAGGUGGCAGGUGCCCUCCCCUCCUUAUAACUUCCCUUCGUGAUCUCCUUCUCCAUCUCUCCCUACAUUUCCCCCAGAAACCAAGCUCUCCGCAACCAUGAAAAUGGAGACAUAUGAGUUCUGUUCGGCUACCACUCAUCCAUUUCACUCUCAUCCUCCUUCGCCUUUAACUUCUAGUGUCACCGAGUUCGACAACAUCAUCGUCAACGAUUCUUAUCUACAACCUCUCCUCCCACUGAUCUAUGAACAAGACCCAGACCAUGAUUUCCCUCCUCUUCCCCUCCAACAUUCUCAGCUCACUGAUCUCGAUUUCUCCCUUUACUCCUCUGAUACCCCCGACCCAGACAACAACGACAACAACACCAGCCUCCAUUUACUCCUCCAUGACCUCCGCCCCCUUCACCACCGUAUUCCUCCCCUCCCCGCUUCUCCCACCUCAUCAGCUCCCAAACCCAAACGCAGUCGUCUCGACUUAACCCAUUCCCACUCCGACAACCACCACCCUCAAACCCUCGAUUCCGCCGUGAAAAGCUUCAACGCUCCUGCUCCUGCCCCGAUCAUCCCAUACAGCCAUCUCGCGAGGGAGAGGAGACAAAAGCUGGGCGAGAAGACCCGUUGUCUCCAAAAGCUAAUGCCGUGGGACAAGAAGAUGGACACCGGCACCAUGCUCCAAGAGGUUUAUAAGUACGUCCGGUUCUUGCAAGCUCAAGUCUCCAUUCUCCAAUCGAUGCCCAUCACUUCCAGUUUCUCGUCGGCUCAGCAUGUUAAUGCUGGAGGCGGAUUUGACGGGUUGGGGAGUUUGAACCGGCAACAGCUUUUGCAGGUCCUGAUCAACUCCCCCGUGGCGCAGACCAUGCUUUGUUCACAGGGUUUUUGCGUUUUUGCUUCUGAGCAGUUGGUUUCGCUUCACAAGGCCAAAGAGAGGAAAACGGCGCUCCAACAGUUCCUCUGUGGUAAUAGUAACUGAUGAAGAAAACGGAAGCCAUGAUAAAUACUUAUAUCACCAUAAUAUAGCAUAAUCAAUAAUGAUUUUAUGGAUUCUCUUGCAGCUUUUGUUACAUUUUCCAGGGUUCGUGUUAGCCUUAAAGUUUUAGUACCAGUUUUGUGAAUA